AUGAGAGUGAAUAAUUAUUGCUAUGAUAUGACUACUGUGAAUCUCAUUCUAUCUUUUAUUAAUUCACUCCAAUUUGUGCUGACAGAGAAAUUUUGUGUGUUUAUACAUGAGAAUCAUACCCAUGCCAUGCUUGCUGAGGAAAUCAAGGAGAAAACCACAGAACUGAGACAUCUCAAAGGUGAAGUGCUAGUAGGACUGAGCAUGGAAGACUUGGUUAAACUCGAAAAAUUGGUUGAAGCAGGGUUAAGUCGUAUUGCCAAAACCAAGGUUCCUGUCAUGGGUGACAAAUUCAUGAAAGAAAUUGGUAUUCUCAAGAAAAAGGAAGCAUUAUUAAAGGAAGAGAAUGCGAAGUUGAGACAGAAAGUAGCAGGCUCAUCGGAAGAGCAAACACCUCUGCUGUAGUGAGGGCUUUCAUCUGAAUCAGUCACCCGCUUAAGCGACCAAGCUGGAAGUUGUCCUCAGGACCUCAACGAUUCAGACACAUUUCUCCAGCUGGGGUAUGUUUGUUUUAAGUCAAACAUGGAUCGGAUAAUUUGUUACAAGAAUAAAAUGAAUUACAUAUGUGGAAUAUAUCCAACAUUUGGAUCUUAUAUCUGGACGACAUGCUGCAUAUCAGUUGAAUGGGGGGCAUCUCAUUCUGUUUGGAAUCAGGAGUGGCAUGAGGAGCAUGCUAAUUUGGAGUUUUUGUUUGAGAUGCACGUGAGCCCACCAGUUGAGAUGAUGUACAACAUCUCGGAGGCUUUUGCUCAACAUGGCUGGAUUCCGAUUCUCAUCUUACCAAACCAUUACUACCCCGACUUGGUGCGCGAGUUUUACGCCAACAUUCAGAGUAAGGCGCGCCACAGUGGAGAAAUGGUUGAGUCCUGGUGCGUGGAAGACGAAUCGUCUUGUCACGUCAAGAUUUGA